ACCAAUGAAUGCGGUACGCACUCACCUGCCACGAUCUCCUCGACAUUAACCCAGUCCACUCCCUGCACAUUUCCUUGUCAACUGCUUUGUCCAAGACGUUCCGCAAUGUUCGAAACUAACAGAAUGCGCACGCGGGCACAGAUACGGAGAAAGAAGAAUGUCAAGAAGGGUAUUCAGUUCUGUCUCAUGGUUUGUGGUGCAAGUGGAACUGGCCGGACUACCUUUGUCAAUACCCUCUGCGGGAAACGAGUACUUCAAUCCAAAGACGCCGACGAUGCAGCCAAUGCUCACCUCGAAGAAGGAGUGAGGAUCAAGCCUGUCACGGUUGAGCUUGAAUUGGACGAGGAGGGUACAAGAGUCUCAUUGACCAUUGUGGACACUCCGGGCUUCGGUGACCAGAUUGACAACGAAUCCGCCUUUGGCGAGAUUGUCGGCUACCUCGAACGACAAUAUGACGAUAUCCUGGCGGAGGAAUCUCGUAUCAAGAGAAACCCUCGUUUCAGGGACAAUCGUGUUCAUGCACUUCUCUACUUCAUCACCCCAACCGGUCACGGCUUGCGAGAGCUCGACAUCGAAUUGAUGAAACGUCUCUCUCCUCGUGUCAAUGUCAUUCCCGUCAUUGGCAAGGCUGAUUCCUUGACCCCUGCUGAGCUGGCCGAGUCAAAGAAACUGGUCAUGGAGGACAUUGAACAUUACCGUAUCCCUGUCUACAACUUCCCUUACGACAUCGAAGAGGAUGACGAGGAUACCGUUGAGGAAAAUGCUGAGCUACGUGGCUUGAUGCCGUUCGCCAUCGUUGGAUCCGAGGACGUUCUCGAGAUUGGAGGCAGAAGAGUUCGUGCACGACAAUAUCCAUGGGGAAUCGUGGAGGUCGACAACCCUCGGCAUUCGGAUUUCCUUGCCAUUCGCAGCGCUCUUUUGCAUUCUCAUCUUGCUGAUCUCAAAGAGAUCACCCACGACUUCUUGUACGAGAAUUACCGAACGGAGAAAUUGAGCAAGAGCGUGGAUGGAGGUGUUUCAGGACAAGAUUCGUCAAUCAACCCUGAAGACCUUGCUAACCAGUCAGUGCGCCUGAAGGAAGAACAACUCCGACGUGAAGAGGAGAAACUCCGGGAAAUUGAAGUCAAGGUCCAGCGUGAGAUCAACGAGAAGAGACAGGAACUGUUGGCACGCGAGUCGCAACUCCGGGAGAUCGAGGCUCGUAUGCAACGGGAACAAAGCCAGAGUGUGGAUGACUUGAAUGGUCACAACCAAGAAGUGGCAUAAUCGUGGCUUGGGGAAGACGAUUGAGUUUCUUUGUGCUGCGGUCGCAUGCAGGCCAUGUAUCAAGGCUGAAGACGAACCCGAUGUGAAGGUACCAUACGAUGAUGGAAUUUGGGGACGAUCCUGGAGCGAGGAGCGGUCAUCCAUUCUUGUUGCUGAACAGUGGGCUUGGUGGAGUAGAAUAGCGACUUUCUAAUCAGUGGUGACUGCACCUGAAAAAGGAGGGC